GCGGAGCGAGGCCGCUGAGGACUUGAUUCAUCAUCUCCACCCUUCUCCCCUGCUCCCCAUCCACUGGGCUCCAGGCCUCCAGCUGUCAGCCCCCGAUUUCGUGGCAGGGUGUGGCGACCCCGAUUUCUGUUCGCAAGCACUGCCAGCAGCCCAAGAGCCAGGUCCCAAGGCUGGAUAACUUUUGCCUCGGCUGCAGGCCCGGGCCUCAGAGUCUUGAGCGCAGGAGGAGGCUGAGCGUAGGCCGGAGCGGAGCGCAGUGCGCCAUGGCUGACCGGCCAGCGGCGGGCCCGGCGGCCGGAGACUGGGAGAUCGACGUGGAGAGCCUGGAGCUGGAGGAGGACGGCCGCGGCCCGCCGCCGCCCACGCCGCCCGGGCCCAGCCCGCCGUCGGCCGACGGGGACGGCGAGGACGACGAAGACGACGAGGACGACGACGACGCGGAGGACGAGGGCGACGGCCUGGACGCGAGCGCGUCCCCGGGGGGGCCGGGCGGGCCGGAGCAGCCGCGGGCACCACCGCCGGGGCCAAGCCCCGCGCCGCAGGCCUCGCCCGCGCCGGCCGGGCCCCCGGAGCGCUGCGCGAAUGCGGGCGGUGGCGCGGAGCCGCGCAAGCUCAGCCGCACGCCCAAGUGCGCGCGCUGCCGCAACCACGGCGUGGUGUCCUGCCUCAAGGGCCACAAGCGCUUCUGCCGCUGGCGCGACUGCCAGUGCGCCAACUGCCUGCUGGUGGUGGAGCGCCAGCGCGUCAUGGCCGCCCAGGUGGCGCUCCGGAGGCAGCAGGCCACUGAGGACAAGAAGGGGCUUUCCGGGAAGCAGAAUAAUUUCGAGCGCAAAGCUGUGUAUCAGAGGCAAGUCAGGGCGCCCAGUUUGCUGGCCAAAAGCAUUUUAGAAGGCUACCGCCCCAUUCCAGCCGAGACUUAUGUGGGAGGGGGCUUACCCCUCCCUCCCCCGGUUAGUGACCGGAUGCGGAAAAGGCGGGCCUUUGCCGAUAAAGAGUUGGAGAACAUUAUGCUGGAGAGAGAAUAUAAAGAGAGGGAGAUGCUGGAAGCGUCCCAAGCUACUGCCUUGUUCCUGCCCAGCCGCCUGGGGCACGGACCCGAGUACAGCUCCUACCAAAGCGCCUAUAGCCCCACCCCAGUGGAGACGGCGAACAAAGACUUCUGCAAUUUCCUGCCCACCUGCCUUGAUCUCACCAUGCAGUAUUCAGGGUCUGGGAAUAUGGAACUCAUCUCUUCCAACGUCAGUGUGGCCACGACUUACAGGCAGUAUCCCUUGUCCUCGAGAUUUUUAGUUUGGCCCAAGUGUGGCCCCAUCAGCGACACUCUUCUCUAUCAGCAAUGCCUGCUAAACACCACCACCUCGGUUCAAGCCCUGAAGCCCGGCACCGGCUGGGACUUGAAGGGAGUGCGGGUCCAGGACGGACUUGUGGCAGAACACGACUUGUCGCCCCCCAAGCUAGAAGGCUCGCUGCUGCUGCCUCACCCUGCGGAGGUCCAGACCUCGAGAAGUGACCUUCAGGGUCACCAGGCCGUCCCCGAGAGGUCUGCAUUCUCCCCACCCAGACGGAAUUUCUCUCCCAUUGUUGACACGGACUCCCUGGCAGCUCAAGGGGACGUCUUAACCAAGAUCAGCAAAGAAAGCGCCAGGCACCCUCCGCCACUUAAACAUAAUCCAUUCCACUCAUUAUUCCAGCAAACUCUUAAUGACAAAUCAGGUCCUGAGUUGCAAACACCAUUUGUCAAAGAGGCCUUUGAAGAGGUCCCUAAGAAGCACAGGGAGUGUCUAGUCAAGGAGAAGCAGAAGUACACAUUUACAAUAGACAGAUACGCCAAAGACCUUUUCGUAGCCAAACAAGUCGGAACAAAACUGUCUGUGAAUGAGCCGCUGUCAUUUUCUGUUGAGUCUAUUCUUAAGAGGCCUUCAUCUGCCAUCACUCACGUCUCUCAGUGAAAGGCUGCUUACAGGGAAAGCUGGAUUUUCUGCCGUCUCAGAGGGUUCUUACCAGUUGCUAUUUUUUUUUUAAGAAAAAAAGCUAAGUUGUUUGUCUAAAGAAAUUUCUAAUGUAAAUGGUGAUGAUUU